GAUUUAUUACAUUAUUUUUUAAAGGAAAUUAAGGUCGAUGGAAAUGCCAGUUAAUGAAGGACUUUGUGUUUCCAAGGAAAUGCUAAAAAUACGGCAAGUAAUCAUAGAGACGUGGUCUCCUGGUACAUAUGAUCUCACACCAUUGUGAUUAAAACCCUUUAAAAGAUCGGUCACAAAAAAAUCACAGAUUGCUGAGAUUAAGAUAAGCGGAUCUUUGCAUUGGCCAAUUUAAUGUCAAGUUGACUCACUUUUUUUUUCCUAUUAAUCCAAAAGAGGGAUUUAUUCAAUUUUUUUUUUUUCUUUGUUUCUUCUUUUCUUCUACAUAUUUUUUAGCACCUUUUAAAUGGUUCGUACAUUUACAUAUAAUAACUCACCUGGACUUCCAUGGAUUGUUCAAAAAUUUGGUGGAACAAGUAUUGGUAAAUUUUUGGAUAACAUUGCCAAUGAAGUUAUCAAAGAAUACGUCAAACAAAACCAGCUUGUAGUUGUAUGUUCAGCACGUAGUGGAAAGGAUAAACAAACGGGUACAACCAAUCGAUUAAUUCGUGCGGCCAACGAUGCAAUGAAGCCUGGAUCCAAAGAAUAUUUAGAAAUCGUAUCAGCACUUUUAGAAGAUCAUUUGGAAGUGGCGGUAGAAAUGAUUCACAAUGACGAAAUUCGUUUAGAAUUAGAACAAGAUAUCAGAUCUGAUUGUGCCAAGUUAAGGUCAUUUUUAGAAGCAGCUCAAAUUAUCAAUGAAAUUUCACCUCGAUCCAAAGAUAUCAUCAUUGGUGUCGGCGAAAAGUUAUCUUGCAGAAUUGUGGCUGCCGUUUUACAAGACAGAGAUGUCGAUGCUCAAUUUGUGUCUCUGGAAAAUAUCAUUGAUCGUGAAUUUGACCAACUUGAUCAAGACUUCUAUGAUUAUCUUGCAAAGAAAAUGGCAGAAGCUGUGAAAAGCUGCGGUAGCAAGGUACCUGUUGUCACUGGUUUCUUUGGUAUUGUGCCUGGUAGUUUAUUAUCCACAGUGGGUCGUGGAUACACUGAUCUUUGUGCUGCAUUGACUGCAGUUGGAUUAUCCGCUGAAGAGCUUCAAAUUUGGAAGGAGGUAGAUGGUAUCUUUACUGCCGAUCCUCGUAAAGUUAAAUCUGCUCGUCUUUUACCCAUCAUUACACCCGAAGAAGCUUCUGAAUUAACCUAUUAUGGUUCAGAAGUAAUUCACCCAUUUACCAUGGAACAAGUCAUUCGUUCUCAUAUCCCCAUUCGCAUCAAGAAUGUCGAAAAUCCUCGUGGACAAGGUACCAUCAUUUUCCCUACAGAGAGUGUGCAAAAAGACGGUACUGCUACACCACCUCAUUCCCCUAAAGUUUUGGCUGAAAACGGUUACUUUUUGGACUUAUCUCGUAAAUAUCCUACUGCUGUUACUAUCAAAGACCAUGUCAUUGUUCUUAACGUACACUCAAAUCGUAAGAGUGUUAGUCAUGGUUUCUUUGCAAAGAUUUUUUCUACCUUGGAUCGUUAUGGUGUUAUUGUGGAUCUUAUUUCUACCUCUGAGGUGCAUGUUUCUAUGGCGCUUGGUGAAGAUAACCUCGAUAAGGAUUUAGAUCGUGUCAUCACCGAUUUACGCUCUGUCGGACAAGUUGAUGUCAUUAAGGAUCUUGCUAUUCUCUCCCUUGUUGGUAAGCAAAUGAAAAACAUGGUUGGUAUUGCUGGUAUGAUGUUUAGCACUUUGGCCUCUGCUGGUGUUAAUAUUGAGAUGAUCUCCCAAGGUUCUUCAGAAAUUAACAUUUCUUGUGUCAUCGAUGAACGUUCGGCAGUAACUGCUAUGAAUGUCAUUCAUGAUCAGCUUUUAAGUAAAAAAGGCAAACUUGUUUUGCCUUCUGUCAAAUUGGCACUUUAAUUUUUACAUCCCCAUACACACACGCACCCUUUUUUAGCAUAUGCAUUACAGUACUCUUUAAGAUUCAGACACAUAAAAAACUAUUCUCAGACAAAUAAAAAUGGACAGGAGUAGGAAAAAAGCAAUUAGACGAGUGCCUCCGAUCUUUUCGCAUUUAUAACUAGUAUCUCUCAAGCGGCCUUAAUUAUGGCGAGUCGACGUAAAUUUCAAGAAGAACGUCAA